UCCUAUCCAAAAAUUAAACCGUUUAAGCUCAAAUUUGUGUUCAUUAUUGGUGAGAAAAUAAAAAGAUAAGUAAAACCACACGUGUGCUUUAGCCAUGGCGGCUUCGGGGCCAAGAACACCUAAAACAAGAACAAGCAGAGGUCCUUCCAUUCGUCCUGUGUAUGAAACUUUCGAGCCCAUGUCAGAGAUGAAGGAAAAAGAGGAAGCAUAUUUUCUUCAUAUUUACCUUCCUGGUUUCGUAAAGGAGAAGAUAAAGAUCAAUUUUGUGAGAUCUUCUCGAGUAGUGAGGGUUGUAGGAGAGCGACCAUUAGGAGGCAAUAGAAUAAGCAAUUUCGAGCAAACGUAUCCUGUUCCAGAAAAUUGUGAGGUGGAGAAACUUCAAGGUAAGUAUGAGCUAGGAACUCUCAUUAUUACAAUGCCAAAGAAGCCUAUCAUUUCACGAGUUCCACCUAAAGCACAAGUUGAAACAACCCCAAGAAUAGGUCCAACUCCAUUAAUAAGUCCUUCAAAGAAACCUGUGCCUGAUCAAUUACCAAAGCCUAAAGAAGUGGUGGCCAAGGAAGCCAUGCCUCCAAAAUCUCCAAUCACUAGAAUGGAACAAGGAGAAAAAUCUAAUGGACACAAGACAAGGCCUCAACAUGUUCAAGAGGAAAGCAUGCUGAAAUCCGCCGCAAUUGCUUCAACCCCAAGAAAAGAAACAGGAAAAUCUCAAAAGGGUCAUGAGGAAAUUGUGCCAAAGAUAGAGGAAUAUAGGAAUGAAGAGUCCAAUAAGCAAAAUGACAUCACAACAUAUAUAGAAAAAGUCAAGGAGAAACAAAAUAAAGAUAGAGAAUAUGAGAAGCUUCAUGAGACAAGAAAGCAAGAUCAGAAAUAUAUUGUUCACAAUGUGGUUUUGAAAGAAAGAGAAAUCAAGACAACAAGACCAAAGGAAACAGUUUCUUCCUCUACUCCAAAAGCUCCACAGAAGGGAAAAGAAACCAGCACCACCAUAAUUGACAAAGGAAAGAGCAAAGAAGAGGAUGAAAUCUACACAAUAGGGAAGGGAAUCAAAGAAGUAGUUGCUUCGGCUUCGGAGGUUGUCACAAAAAUUGGAGAAGGGAAGUUGAAUGAUGAAGAAAAGCCUUUGGUUGCAAACAUGGGUGCUGCAAUUCUUGUAAUUGUGGCAUUGGGAGCUUACGUGACCUAUAAGUUUACCUCUUGUAGCAGAGCAUGAAACUAGUUGUGCUCAAAUGUUCUAAUCCUUUAGAAUGUUUUCUUUAGUUGAAAAGUGUAACUGGAAUAUCAUGCAAGGUGAAUGUAUGAGCGUUAAUGAUAUUGUGAUUUGCAUUACAUAAUUGUGAUCUUUAUCAA